CACAGCGAAGAGCCCCCACCGCAGCGGAGUGGAUUCUUCGGGCGGGCCCCUCGGGGGAGAGAGCCCGCGGACCUCGACAGGAGCACGCUUUGGUCUUGGCUGUGGUCGAUUUGUGGCCAUCCUGGACGCCGCGCCGACCACGGCCGGGACGAGGCUGGCUUCGGUGUUCCAGCAGUGCUUUUGGCAUGCGCAAGACAUCCCCCCGGGCUGUGUCCUCAAUAUGGUUGUGGUCGCUUGCUGUCCCCGCGCGAGGGCCGCCAGCCUGGGAGCGCGCCGGCCCUGGCCCGGCCCACCAUCCGAGCGUCGCGGAAGUGAGCUGCCAGAGCUGACGGCGGUGUCGGUCGAUGGUAGCCCUUUGGCGACAGGCGACGAUUCUGUGGCUAAGUCGCCGAGCUGCCUCGGUUGCGGUCGCACGGAGCGCAGGGACUCGCUGACCAUGAUCCCGAGCUGCCUGAAGAGUCGUAGGGCGUCAGUGGAGGACUCUGGGAUCAGGCCGCCGCGCGUGCGCAAGACAGGCAGCAUGCCGGUCGGCCUCACAUCACCCGAGAAGGACUCAUGCGCGUCUCCCGCUGGAUUGCCUUGCCUGCGCAGGGCCAAGACCAUCUCGGGGGACGAGCAGGAGCGCGGGUUGCGGCGGAAACCCCGGGGAAGUCGCGUGUGUUUCCCGUCGUGCUUUCUGAGCAGCACUCACGACGUGACGCCGUACGCCGAGAAGUAUGGCGUCCACCCGCGCUUUUUCGAGUUCGACAGGCAGGGCAACAAGAGGCUGACCGAUUCAGGUAUCAUGGAGGACAUCAGACGUGCGGAGAAGUGCUUGAGCCCUCUGAAGCUAAGCAGGCAGCUAGGCCCUCUGACGCAGGUGUGCAAACACUGAAGUCUCCUAUCCUCCUUUUCCUCUUCCUUUUCCUUCUUCUCCCUCUCCUCCUCUGUUGAUCAACGCGUCAUGGCCAGUCUGUUUCGACGGCUGGUGCGGUGCUGCCUGUCUCGAUGGACGAUGUGGCGCCGCUGUCCCCUCAACGGCCAAUCUUGUCUUAACCGUUUAAACUGCCAAGGCUGUGCCGCCCGUCUUAACCUCACGUGCUUGAAAUCGAGAUCCAACCGUAUGCCAAUUGCGCACGAGUGUUCGAGUUGCCUCGAAUCCAAGUGGGAGGGCCUGUCAGUCGACGGUUGGCCAUGGAGGUGCCAGUUGCGUUUCGGCCGCGGUCGUCUAAUCACGCCGUCUCGGGCGGUCGCAUGUCGUUUGCAUGCCCAGAAUGCAGCCGUGAGUGCUGCGUGGGAUCCUCCCUAGACCUCGUGGAGCCGCAGCGUUGUGCAUCUCUCGUUUGAGGUUCGUCUCCUGGAUGUGUGUGUACGUACUGGUCGGGGGCUGCACAGACAUCGGCAUGCCAAGAACGAUCGUUCCAGACACCGCAGUGCCCGACAGCGCAGAGACGGUUGUUUGUCCCUCUUUCUUGGCAGUGGGGCCACGUUGGGCCGUGCAUCCCCCCGAAAGCGGUUGUUUUUUGAGUAGCGCGUUCGCGGGCCACUUGAUGCAUACAUUUGACUCGAUAUUUCCUCCUAGCUAGUUGGUAGCGCGUCAAGGGAUCACACGGAAUUGCUGCUUGACAAAGGCGCAUGCGAGCUUUUGCGAAGUCGCAAGAGCAUCGUUGCCCAGCGAAGUCGCGGAUUGCCGUCUGCGGGGGGGGGGGUGCUCGACGGAUGACCAUUACUACGGUUGCUUGUCCGCAGGCAUUUUAACCUGCGUUUGGGGUUUGUUCACAUGUUUCAAUCCGUCAAUAUCGAGGUUCUUUUGACGACCCGAUGACAGUCCACUCAAUGCUUACCGGCUGCUUGGCAGCGCGCGGAAGCAUCAUGUGGUGUGAUUGCUUGACACAGGCGCAAGCGAGCUUUUGGCGCAGUCGCAGAGGCAUCGCUGCCCAGCGAAGUCGCAGAUCUCCGUGUGGGAGGCUCGACGGAUGACCGUGGCGACCGUUGUUUGCCGAAUUUGUUUUUCAAAAGCCCGAGGCAUAUCUACGUGCUUCUGGCGUGUAUCGAUAUGUGUAUACCAUCACUUUCUCUCCGUGCCAGAUCGAUGAAUUCGAUUCUGGACACUCGGGUUCGCCUCCCUUUUGAAAGAGGGCUUUUUUAAAUGUUCAGAUCGGUCCCGCCAGUCUCAAAGGAAACCCUUCCUCGAAGGGCGCUUGAGGCGGCUGGAAGGCGACUGCGCGACAGCCACUGUGAAUUUGUUACAAUGGCUGCAUCGCUGCGUUUGGCAGUUCUCCCCAAACCGGGUGCCUCGCGCAGGGUUUCAAACCUCUGUUGCACCCAAUGCGGCUUGAGCGACGCCAUAAUGAAAUUAGCCUUA